AAGUUACAGAUGACAAUACUCUAUUGAAUGCAUCCAAAGUUUCUGCAUUAUUAUCAAAGAAGAAUAUGAAACGAUCAUCCAAGCGAUUGAAUAGAUCGAUCGUCUCUAACCUGUUCCUAUCGCUAAUUCCAGCAAAGUUACUUAAGUGCUAAGACGAAGAUAAUAGAGCAGGCGAAGGAAGCAAUUCGUCGGUCGAAGACGGAAGCACGCAAAGCUUGGAAGUCGAUUCACGGAGGAAACACAACAGAUUCGAGGAAGGACGCUCUCAAGGUUGGGGUUAGGAUUGAGAAUAUGGGAAAAGGCUGGUGGAUGCAGAAUUUCUCGAGUGCUUGGAUUCGCCUUUCCCGAUAACGAUGGCUGCAAAGGAGAUCCAAAGGGAGCUUGCCAGACGAACGAAGCUGGUUUCUCCUUAUUAACGAAGGAAUUCUUGCGAUCUAGUUCAGAAAUCGAAAUUGUUCGAAGCCUGAAAUUACGCAAUUAAAUAGGGAAGAACAAGAAGAAAGUUUGACGAAAGGUUGAAAUUACAAAUUAAACUCGUGCAGCAACAAAGGGAGGACGCACUCGAUGGAAAAAAAGCUCGAAUCGACAAACCGGUCGAACGUGGCUAUGACACAAAACCUCCGAUCGAACGUCCUUUAAAGCCCCACGAAAAAUGAAGCCAUCGAAAGAACGAGAACUAAAAAAACAGAGCUACAGCGCAGAAGGAAAAAGAAGAUCGCACGAGCCGGAAAAAUCUGUCAAACGCACGAACCACCCCAUCGACUCUCCUGGCAUUCGAUAGAGCGCUAAAAAAUCAGUCUCCGAUAAGGCUACUCUCCAUCUGAAACCACGGGCAACAAAACCGAAAAUCCAAACAGAUGUCCGGGUUUUGUUACACAACGAAAUAGAAAUAAGAACCAGCACCGCCGACAAGAAACGACAAAACGAACCGUUGUGAAUCAACUAGGUGGUAUAUCGGAGGGAGCACGACGAUGGAUCGUGGCAACAUGCGACACAAAAGAGGUUGAUGGACGAGAGAAAGGCGUUUGAAGAGAAAGUGACAAGGAUAAAGAAUGGAAAUGCGACGUUUCGAAGAUCGUAAGGAGCGAGAUGCGACGAGAGAUUCAGGAUAUUCGUCGAAGAAACCGAACAGAGAGAAAAGCGGUUGCGAUGGAAGAGGGCGAGGACGUGACGCCGGCGCGAGAGGAACCCCGUAGGUCAAGGUCGUGGCAGGUGGCGUCGAGCCCCGUGGUGAGACACUCCUACGCCACUGCAUCCUGGGGAGCAGGAGCGAGGCAACGAUUGUCGGAUCGACGCAGAACAGCAACGAUCGAAGAGCAGGAAAGAGGGGGCCCAACAGGGUACAACGUGGUGGUGGAAAUAUAAGGCGCGACGAGUGGCGGGCCUCGGUCAGUCCGUUAGUGGUACCUACGCCUUCAAGGUCCGCGUCCUUGAAGCGAACACACUCGUUCUCGAUCUACCUGAGAGAGUAGCCAAAGAUCUCAGGGCGCCCGCGAGCGCUGUUCCUCGAUCUCGACUUCUUUUCCGGAAGUGGUGCCGGGAAACUCGCGAGCUCUUCGUUCGAAUACCCAAAACGGCCCCCAUCUGAUCAUCCCAUCGUCGAAUUCGACACGAGUGAAACACAGGCCAGUAGGACGCGUGGAUAAGUCAGAGUCUCGUGAGUCACGGAACCUCCAUCGGGAACCGGAAGCGCCGUUCCUUCCGUUGGACGAGGAUGAGGUCCUCGCUGGUGCUGCUGUUCCUGGCAGCCAUCGUUCUCGCCGAAGGCUCGAAUCGCGUGAAGCGACAGGAGGAGAAGAAAGAAGAGAGCUUCGAAAGCGAGAUCUGCAAGGACAAGGAUGCGGGCGAAUGGUUCAGAUUGGUGGCGGGAGAGGGUGACAACUGUCGUGACGUGAUUCAGUGCACCAGUUCGGGUCUUCAGGCCAUCAGGUGUCCCGCGGGACUGUAUUUCGAUAUCGAUAAACAGACCUGCGACUGGAAAGACUCGGUGAACAACUGCAAACUGAAGAACAAAGAAAGAAAAGCGAAACCUCUGCUUUACACCGAGGAACCGCUCUGUCAAGAUGGCUUCCUCGCUUGCGGCGACGGCUCUUGCAUCGAGAGAGGUCUUUUCUGUAACGGGGAAAAGGAUUGCGCUGACGGAUCCGACGAGAAUAUUUGCGAUAUGGACAACGACCCGAACAGAGCGCCACCCUGUGACCCUACAGUCUGCGUUCUACCCGAUUGCUUCUGUUCCGAGGACGGUACCACGAUCCCCGGAGACCUACCUCCCAAGGACGUACCGCAGAUGAUCACUAUCACGUUCGAUGAUGCCAUCAAUAACAAUAAUAUCGGACUGUACAAAGAGAUCUUCAACGGAAAACGCAAGAACCCAAACGGUUGCGAAAUCAAGGCCAGCUUCUUCGUCUCGCACAAGUACACCAACUACUCGGCUGUCCAGGAAAUGCACAGGAAAGGACACGAGAUCGCCGUUCACUCUAUCUCUCACAACGACGACGAACGUUUCUGGUCAGACGCGACGGUGGACGAUUGGGCUAAAGAAAUGGCUGGUAUGAGGAUCAUCGCGGAGAAAUUCGCUAAUUUAACGGACAACAGCGUGGUCGGUGUGAGGGCUCCGUAUCUCAGAGUCGGUGGAAACAAUCAGUUCACGAUGAUGGAAGAACAAGCAUUCCUUUACGAUUCCACCAUCACCGCGGCCUUGAACAACCCACCGCUAUGGCCUUACACGAUGUACUUCAGAAUGCCGCACCGUUGCCAUGGAAACCUUCAACACUGUCCAACGAGGUCGCACGCAGUCUGGGAGAUGGUGAUGAACGAGUUGGACCGCCGCGAAGACCCACAGAACGACGAAUACCUUCCCGGUUGCGCCAUGGUAGACUCGUGCAGCAACAUCCUAACCGGCGACCAAUUCUACAAUUUCCUAAACCACAACUUUGACCGACAUUACGAACAAAACCGCGCUCCCUUGGGCCUCUACUUCCACGCAGCCUGGCUGAAGAACAAUCCCGAAUUCUUGGACGCGUUCCUUUAUUGGAUCGACGAGAUUCUGUCCAACCACAACGACGUUUACUUCGUGACGAUGACCCAAGUGAUCCAGUGGAUCCAGAAUCCUCGCACGAUAACAGAAUCGAAGAGUUUCGAGCCGUGGAAGGAGAAGUGUAUCGUGGACGGGCCUCCCGCUUGUUGGGUUCCCCACACCUGCAAACUCACCUCGAAAGAGGUUCCUGGAGAGACCAUCAACCUUCAGACCUGCGUACGUUGCCCGAAUAACUAUCCAUGGGUGAACGAUCCGACCGGUGACGGGUUCUUCUAAGGCCACAGUGUCGCGUUCCUCCUUCUCGUCUAAGUCAAACCCUCUGAUUCUCCUCUUGCCUGUCGUUUUGGGCGUUCACCUUUGAUCUUUCUUCGAUCCCUCUCAUUCUCGUCCUGCCAUUGGUCGAUUAUCCUUCACGAGUUUCACGGUGGACGUGGGGUCGUCGGCGACGUUUUCGAUCGGGGAACACGGUCGGGUGGGCUUUCACGAAGAUUACUUCCGUUACGAGAUACAGGGUAGUUGUAUAAAAUUUUUAACGGAGCCUUUUGCUAGACUGUUUUUAGAGGAACAGUUAUUAACAGAGGAUGUAACAGAAAGGGGCUCGAAGACGUGAUUGUCGAUAAAGAUGAGAAUCGAGCUCUCCCGAUCGGUUCGUCGACGAAAACCGUCCAUCAAUCACGUCACCAACGAUCUGUGAUAACUUUCAUGCGGCUCGAGAUUCAGCGACCAGGACGACGAACGCAACGACGAACGCGACAACGAACGCGACGACGAACGCGACGACGAACGCGACGACGAACGACGAUACAGCGAACUAUUCUUUUUCUCUAUUUUCUCUUCCAUUUCUCUCCCAUUUCUCUCCCAAACCCACGACGAUUUCACCCUGGCCUCCACGAAACCUGACCUGGAGAGAAACGACGCGAUCGUAACGCGAACACGACGUAAAAAAGGAAAAGUAAAACAAAACAAGGAUUAUUAUCAUCGUGUGUAAUAUAUGAACGCGUGUCUCAGCCUGUCCCUGAAAAAAAGACGGAUCCCUGACACAUGGACGGAGGACACGACGGAUUUAGCUGGGAGGUCGGGCUGCGGUUGUCCUGUUGACCCCAGGAAAAAUGAAAAUAAAAAUCGAUGAUCCCUCAGCGACCGCCAGAACUCCCUGUCACAAAAUGGCGGACACCCUUAUUUUUAAAGGGUUAGCCAAACUUUUAUAUAUAUAUAUAUAAAUAACUAUAUAUAUAUAUAAAUAUAAAAUAUCGUGUAUGUAUAUUUUUUAAAGCUAAGUAAUAAUUAUCAAUUUUACGUUCUCGAUGGAAUCUUUAAUAAAAGAGAAACCGGCGGAAUA